UGUAGAACAUUGCAGGAAAAAAGAGCGCGGAAGACUCUAGAACGUGACGGUUCUAUGGAUGCUACUUGAAAAUUCUACCGCAAUCCUCUAUCUUGUUUAUAAAUGCCAUCCCUGGUCCUCCGUUGAUGCAUCGGAAAAAAUCUACUCGAAGCGUUUAUCAAUCAUCAAAAAUCAUCAACAUUUUUCAAAUUCUCUUCAAUUGAAAACUAAGAAUGUCUCUGAUUCCAAGCAUCUUCGGACGUCGCCGGAGCAACGUCUUUGACCCCUUCUCCCUGGACAUCUGGGAUCCAUUCGAAGGAUUCCCGUUCUCUAACGCCGUCGCAAAUGGCGGUGCUUCGGCGAGCGAAACGUCGGCAUUCGUGAACGCCCGAUUCGAUUGGAAGGAGACGCCGGAGGCUCACGUGUUCAAGGCGGAUGUGCCGGGGCUGAAAAAGGAGGAGGUGAAGGUGGAGGUGGAGGAAGGGAGGGUGCUGCAGAUCAGCGGAGAGAGGACAAGGGAGCAAGAGGAGCAGAAAGGGGACAAGUGGCACCGCGUGGAGCGGAGCAGCGGCAAGUUCUUGCGGCGUUUCCGGCUGCCAGAUAACGCGAAGUUGGAUCAGGUGAAGGCUGCGAUGGAGAACGGCGUGCUGACUGUAACUGUUCCGAAAGAGGAGGAAAAGAAACCUGAGAUCAAAUCCAUUGAGAUCUCUGGUUAGGGAAUUUCACAUCCCCGCGCUAUGAAUGCCUAUGAUCAGAUCUAUAUCGUGUUUGUGCUUUUAAUUAGAAGAAUAAGUAAUGGGGUAAUGGGUUAUCAUCAAAGUAUGUUGUAAGUUUUUGUAGUUGUUAAUGAUCAAAGUAUGUUAAUUCUAAACUUUGUCAAUUCUCGUCCCUAAAUCAUACUCCCUAUUUGCUCUAUAAUUUGCUUUGCUUUGCUUUUUCAGGCUAAUACUCUUCAAAUUCAGAAACUUGACAUCGAAUUGCACAACUUAUUUCAACUUCAAAUGCUG